AUGGAGCCCACCAUGAACCCUAACGACAGCCCUCUCAGCAACCUCGAUUUGUGGUGCGACUGGAGCGGCAUUCCAGAAGAACCGGUGUCUAUCACAAUCGCCAUGGAGCUACAAACCUGCGGUCAUCCCAACCUCAAUUUACCAAUCCUCAAUGUCCAGGCGCCAAACACCGUCAAAAUCCCGUCUUGGGUCAUCCGGUUGAAGCCUGACUUCCACUAUGAUACCGACACACCCGAGAAAGAGGCUUGGCAGUCUGGCCAAGAAUAUGGUGACGAGACCGAGACAUACCCUGCCAAUAGUGACUCUGUUGCUGAGUCUGCGAGUGUUGUUGUUCAUGAUGGUUCGCGUGAUGAAGAUCCCCUGGUUGUCCCUCGUACUGUGGAUACCUCGGGGACGUACGCACAGGUUGAUAGCUCGGAUAGCUCAACCUCUUCUGGCCUUCGCAAGAGCCAGGUUAACAGCCUAGGCAGCCCGCAUUCCUCAAACCCUCGUAAGAGAUCCGCCAAAGCUGCUUCUCUGCCAGACUCAAUCCCUCCUGACGAUGAGUACCAAGGUACCCGACACAAACUUACGAUGACCAAGAUCGACCCGCCGGCGGGACUGGAGACUGUGUCCCAGGACACUAGCACCACCGUCGAGGAGAUCGUCAGCCUCGUUCACAGUCGUCCUGCCAGUCUGGAUGAAACCAGUGUGAUGCCUGAGAACAUCCUGUUGCCUCAAGACCCGCCGACUCCGGGUCUUGUGCCAGUUUCCCCGAGCGCUACAUCCGAGCGUCUCUCGCUAAACAGCAAGACAGCGGCGGUUAACGAUGCACCGGAACCAGGCGAAAUCCCUCUUUGGCAUAAUGCAGAAACUCCCAGCAAGAUUGACUUGAGCGGUACUGAACCGCUCACCGAAGCGAACUUGCUCCAGCGGAAUUAUGAUACACUUUCUACUCGUGGGUGCAAUGGAAGCUUUUCCGACACCGGAGACAGUGACAAAGAAAAGGAGGACCUACUUCUUUCACUCGAAUCCAUCGGAUCGCCAUCGUUUUUCUCGUGUCCUGGGUAUAACCCUCUGCCCCGGACGUCCGCCGAAAUCGCCGAAAAUUACAAGCCCAAGCUCAUCUUGAACAACGGCAUUCUUUACGUGCAGACCCUUCCCGUUGGCUACUCCGCGACGUACCAAAUCGCAAUUUCGCUCAAGGUCAGGUUGCAAAAAGGAAAAUCCAAGGAUUGGUUGGAGUUGGCUGUGAGUGGACUGCCUCGACUCGCCCAAUUCGAGUCUGGUUAUCUCUACUUCCGAACACCCCCGGGUCAGGGAAUGGAAUUCGUGACUUCGUCUUUCAAGCGACAUACGCUUGUGGAAAGCUGUUUGAUGGCCCAGUUCGACGGUGGAAAAACCCUCGUGUGUGCGUUUCGUAAGUGCAAUGCAGAAUACUACGGACAACUCAAGGACUACAAAGUCAACACAGUCAUACGGACAGAGGUGGCAGAGGCCAGCGGAUCGUCCUAUCUGAUCAAAUACAAUGCUGUUUGUUCCGUUGAUCUCAUCAACCACAACUUCUGGGCCGAGAAGUGCAAAUUCUACAUUUUUGUGCAUGGCGGCCCGGAUGGCGAGUUUGACGCCGUUUUUACAGCUAAAAAGCCUCUGAUCAACUCCGUUCGGCUGCAAUCAGAUAGCAUUGGAAUCUCGCGCCUCAAUAUUGUCAGCAUCCCACAAGCUCUGGAUAUGUUCAUGGUAUCGUGGGAGGUCAAUUUGCCACAAGGCAAGACUACCUGGCAGCCAUGGAUCAAACCCACGCUCAGCUACAACGAAGCUGAGUCUAUUCUGCAAGAAGAUUACGCCAUUUAUGGCUCCCAGAAUGAAACUAUACCUCUGAAACAUCUGAAUGCUGAUACUAGGUGCCAAUUUUCAUGUGGUCAACCGGGAGCCAUCUGUGUUCCGGAGCUUAACUACUUUAAGCCUCAAGUCCCGAAAACUCCAUGUCUCCAUGAUGGUUUUGCCAUUCACAAGCCUAAACUGAUUGGGCCUUUAUCUGGCAAAAGUCCAGCUUCCAAGUCUACGAGUACACAGACCCUAGUCGCAGAGACUCCAGCUCCAUUCGCUGAGCCAAAGAAGCCACGCCGUGUACGCGGACUGUGCACCCUGUUGACCCUGAUCAAGUUUCUUUUCCAUGUGCUUAGUUUUCUGGCAUCUGUGUACAUCAUCUACAGGUCGUACUUGCUGCGCAACUCUGUGGUCUACGAAGUUUGUGUCUAUGGCCCAGUGGAGUACGCAAAGAAUCUUACUACCAAUCCUGAUGUGGAGAAAGAGGCGAAUACCGUCCUGGCGGAGUUUAAUCCGCAGCCUGAGCUAUUUCAAUCCGAAGUUCAACAGUAUGUCAACAUCACACCUGUCGACACCACCCCAAUGCCCCUGAGAGACCGCAUCGAUUACCUUCUCGGAUGGCGAGGGCCAAUUGCGCAGGAGUAA